AUGGGUAGUAAAGGUACAGCUAAAAAGGCUGGCAAUUUUCUUGAACUGUUAACUCUAUUAUCCAAAUAUGAUCUUACUUUGGACAAUCAUCUUAGGUAUGAAAAGAGAAAUCAACGGUAUUUAAGUCAUGAUGUACAAAAUGAUUUAAUUCAAUCGCUUGCUUCUGAAAUUUCAUUUACAAUCAACAAAGAAGUUAAAUUAGCCCAGUUUUUUUCUCUAAUUAUUGAUUCAACUAUUGAUAUUUCCAAAAUUGAUCAGAUGUCAGUUUCGUUACGAAUGGUUUUAAAAUCUGGUGAUGUUGUGGAAAGAUUCACAGGCUUCUAUACUUUAAAAACAGCAACGCUGAAUGACCAUCGAAGCAAUGUAAAUUCAAUAAAAACUAUAAAUUCAUUUAAAAACUUAUGUCAAAUUUAUUGUAACGACGUAAACACUGAAGAAGCAAUCGUAGAGUAUGAAAAUUUCAAAGAUGUGUAUGCAUCGAUAUCCCCAUCACUGACAACUGACCUACAAAUGAAAGAUGUACUUCAAUUCUUGAUUGAGAAACAGAUGGCACCCGGCCUUCCUAACUUGUCUAUUCUUUACAAAAUCUACUUGACUCUUCCUGUUACAUCUGCUAAUGCUGAAAGAAGUUUCAGUAAACUAAAGAUGAUAAAAAAUUAUCUCAGAUCAACUAUGACAAACGAACGUCUUUCUAGAUUAGCAUUAAUUUCUAUUGAACGAGAGCUUGCUGAAAUCAUUGAAUUUAACUUCUCGAUUAACCGUUUUGCUUUUAUGAAAUCUCGCAGAAAAAAAGUUGUGAAAGUUCCUUCGAAAUGGAAAAAGUCAACAAUCAUUUCAGUUCCAAAGUUAAUGUCGCCAAAGUUACUUAAAGACUUAAGGCCAAUUAAUAUGCUUCCUACUUAUGAAAAAAUAUUAGAAAUUGCUGUUCACAAGCAGUUGUCAAGUUAUUUUGAAAGUAAUAAUAUUUUUUAUAAUAAUCAAAUUGGUUUCAGAAAAAAUAGAUCAACUGAAUCAGCUAUUCAACUACUACUUUCUAAAUGGAGAACAUCUUUGAACAACAAUAAAUUUGUUGUAACAGUAAUGCUAGAUCUUAAAAGGGCAUUUGAAACAGUUAAUAGAAAGAUUCUUAUACAAAAGUUACUAGGUUGUAAAGUUAAAGGUACAAUUCUCAAUUGGAUUGCAGACUAUCUUUCGAUGAGAACUCAAGUAGUCAAAAUAAAAGGUGAAGAAUCUGGCGAACUAGUUUGUGAUAUAGGGGUUCCACAGGGUAGUUACUCGUACUACUGUAAAUAUCCUUUAAACGUGAAACAACUUGUUUCUGAAUAUAUUUGA